GGGCAUGCGCACGCGGCGGGGGCCGGACGCAGAGAGGGGGCGCGUGGCUGUCGGCUGGGACGCACCCACUCAGUAGCUGUGUCGCCGGCUGCCCCGGGGCCUGGAUAGUGAGGCUGCGUGGGCCCGACUGCCGCCUGGAGGACUGCAGGAUCUCCCUUCGUUGCCUAGGCUGCCCUUGAAUUCGAAGCAAUCCCCCUGCUUGUUUGCUGACGGCUGGGAUUACAGUGGUCAGCUUCUUGACUGAACAUCGUGGCAAGUUACCACCUAGUUACCUCAAAGAAAAAGUGUGCUUGGUCACUAUGAAGCCCCUACACCCAGCCCUUCCCAGCUGCCUCCUGUUGGUGCUGUUUGGUACCUGGAGAACUGCUGCCCAGACUCAUGCCUCGUCUACUGCCAUGCUGCCCCUCAGCGCCACCUCUUUCCUGGAAGAUCUCAUGAAUCGCUAUGGGGAGAAUGACAGCCUUACUCUGCCACAGCUGAAGGUCCUGCUCAACAAAUUGGAUGUGGGAGUAGGUCGGGAUAAUGUUACCCAGCCCAAGGAAGGACACAGGAACCUCUCCACGUGCUUUAGCUCUGGAGACCUCUUUGCUGCCCACAAUUUCAGCGAGCGAUCUCAGAUCGGGGUGAGUGAGUUUCGAGAGUUCUGCCCCACCAUCCUCCAGCAGUUGGAUUCCCGGGCUUGCACCUCAGAAAACCAGGAGAAUGAAGAAAAUGAGCAGACCGAGGAGGGGAAGCCUAGUGCCAUCGAAGUGUGGGGCUUUGGUUUCCUCAGUGUCUCACUGAUUAACCUGGCCUCUCUCCUGGGAGCCCUGGUCCUGCCAUGCACGGAGAAAGCGUUUUUCAGCCGUGUGCUCACUUACUUCAUCGCCCUGUCCAUUGGAACGCUGCUCUCUAACGCACUCUUCCAGCUCAUCCCAGAGGCCUUUGGUUUCAACCCUCAGGACAAUUAUGUCUCCAAGUCUGCAGUGGUGUUUGGAGGCUUCUACCUUUUCUUUUUUACAGAGAAGAUACUGAAGAUGCUCCUGAAACAGAAAAACGAGCACCAUCACGGACACAACCAUUUUACCUCCAACACGCUCCCUUCCAAGAAGGACCAGGAGGAGGGUGUGACAGAGAAGCUACAGAAUGGGGACCUGGACCACAUGAUCCCUCAGCACUGCAACAGUGAGCUGGAUGGCAAGGCAGCUGGCACGGACGAGAAGGUCAUCGUCGGCUCAAUGUCUGUGCAGGACCUGCAGGCAUCCCAGAGUGCUUGCUACUGGCUCAAAGGGGUCCGAUACUCUGAUAUUGGUACCCUGGCCUGGAUGAUCACCCUGAGCGACGGUCUGCACAAUUUCAUUGAUGGCCUGGCUAUCGGUGCCUCCUUCACCGUGUCUGUUUUCCAAGGCAUCAGCACGUCAGUGGCCAUUCUCUGUGAGGAAUUCCCACACGAGCUGGGAGACUUUGUUAUCCUGCUCAAUGCUGGUAUGAGCAUCCAGCAGGCUCUCUUCUUCAACUUCCUUUCUGCUUGCUGCUGCUAUGUGGGCCUGGCGUUUGGUAUCCUGGCUGGAAGUCACUUCUCGGCCAACUGGAUUUUUGCGCUGGCUGGAGGAAUGUUCUUGUAUAUUGCUCUAGCUGAUAUGUUCCCAGAGAUGAAUGAGGUCUGCCAAGAGGACGAAAGGAAGAACAGCUUCUUGGUCCCCUUUGUCAUCCAGAAUCUUGGCCUCCUGACUGGCUUCUCCAUCAUGCUAGUCCUCACAAUGUAUUCAGGACAGAUUCAGAUUGGGUAGGACCCUGCCAGCGGGAAGCCAGUGGCAUUGCACGUCAGACUCUGGGCCUUAAACCCCUGGCCUGAGGACUCAGCAUCCAUGAAGCAUCGUGGCAGAGGCAGUUCUUUACAAACUGGCGCCGACUGCCUGCCCACAUUCAGAUGUCAGCUGUUUCAAAACGUUUCUGUCCUAGGAAGAACCUGCCCUGGGACUCUCUAGGUAGUGCCUCAAACCGUCUCCCAACCUUUUCCAUAGGUGAUUCUGGAACUGAAAUGCCUCCCUCGUGUAGGACACACCUCCCUUUUCCUUCUGGUCACCUUCAUCUGUCUUUUUCUCUCGGAGGAAGCACUGAGAGAUGUUGCAUCUUUUACAAUGUAAAAAUGAAGCCAGUGGUCAUGGUUUGGUUAAAAAUAUCAGGCCUGGGCUUUGGGGCCUGUGAUUCUGAAUGUGUGUGCCCUGGACUUCGGGUCACUCCAUCUUGACAUGAGUUCUCCUGUUUUUACAAAGAAAAGACAGAAGAUAAGAAUCCCCCCCCUUUUUUUUUUCUCCCAGUUUGUUCAGUUAACAGUUCUCUGAAAGAGACUGGCAUUCUGAGCAGUUGAGGCAGGAGGUCACCCUGGGUGACAAGGAAUUAGAACUCGAGGUAGAUGUCCUGCCUCCUUGGUGCUCUCUGGUCUCCACUAGGAUGCUGGGUGCUGGCUGUGCAGCAUCUGUGUCACAGAAUCAGCCAGGUGAGCCACUGUGGACAUUCUUUGGAGUAGCAAGAGAUCUGCGCUAAAUCAAUUCGUUUUGCCCUGAUUUUCACACACACCUCCUCUUGGCUUCCUUUUUCUAGAUACUUUUAGAUGCCUCACUUUGAGCACAUUUAAGAUUUUGCAUUAGAGGGGAAAUUGCACAAAUUAAUCUCCCCUGGUCUAGACUUCUGUCGAUAGAACCUGAUUCAGAAUCGGGACAUAGUUGUUUAUGCCUUAUUGUGACAAAGGUAAUCAGAAACGGAGUCAGUGCUGACCAAUCUUAGGACUUGCUAAUUGCAGAAAUAAUAGGUGAAUACCAAGGGACUCUGGACCUUGAGGUCAAACCUUCAGGUCAGGGAUACAGAUGUCAUUACUGCCAGUGGGUUUUAAAGGUCACAGAAUCUAGCUACCACUUCCUCCCUGGCCCCAGACAACAAGAUUGAAUCCUGAAUUGAUUUGAGUGUAAAUUGUUUUCUUUGCUUCAGGAAAACGGAUGGUUAUGCUUGUCAUUUCACACCACAGGCCAGUCUCAGACACUGUGGAGCCCUCUCCUCAGAACUCUGGCUUCCAGGGGAGCUAAUCUCCAGGUUCACUAAGUGAAUUAAUUUAUUAUUAUCAUAUUGAUAAUGUGGAUUCCUUAGCCACUUUGGGGAGCCAGUCUCUCCCGGAGCCUUUCUUAGUGGUGCCCACAGUCACAGCCCAGGGGCCAUUGUUUGCAUGACUGACAGUACUGGUUCAUUGCCAACACCUGAGUCUUUCUGUUUUUACCACAGGAAAACUGUCCAUUAAAAGCAGCACAUAUAUAUAUAUAUAUAUAUAUAUAUAUAUAUAUACAUGUGGCACAUGUGAAACAUAUAUAUAUAACAUAUAUAUGUUCAUUCUUUUGGGGGAAACAUGCUUGAAACCAGGAAUCCUGACAACCCAACUGGAGAAACAUAGAGAUUUACUCGGUUUCUCUCUCGCUCUUACCUCUUGCCUUGGCUGGGUUUGAGAAGAGGCAAGGAGGAAGAGGAAACUCCAGCAGUCAAGGUUCUAGAUUGAAUGUCAGGACCAAGUCCUGAUAGGAUUAGGGUCCAGUUUUACCAAAGAACCAAUUCUUCAAUCUCAGAAUCCAAUAUUUUAUGUUAUUGUUGUUACUGUUUGACUUUUCUGUCUUAUUUUUCCAACAACUGCUUCCAGAGCUAGCAGAAAUUGACACUCAGAGUCCAAGGCUGAGCAGGGCGUGGUGGCUCACACAUGUAAUCUCAGCACUUAGCAGGCAGAGUCAUCCAGAGGCUCAAUUUAUGCACCAACCUGGGCUUCAUAGUGAAUUGCAGACCAGUCUGGGCUACGUAGUGAGAUCCUGUGUCAGCAAGACAAAAGAAAGAUAAAAACAUACAACUUAAUACUAAUUUAUGUGUAGGCUGAGGGUGUGGCUCAGUGGCAGAUCUUUUGCCUAGUGUGUGUGUGUGUGACACCCUGAAUUUUAUUCCCAGCAACACCACACCCCCCCAAAAAGACAAAAGAUUCUGCUUUGCUUAGUUCAUGUUUGUGUAUUUUAAUUUUAAAGUCCCUUCUAGAUGCUAUUAUUCCUUAAAUGCUUUCAUGCUGAAGGACAGUGGUUUAGUUUGUUUAGAAGAACUUAAAAAUAGAAUCUUAAACAUGAGGUUAGAGUGUUUGCCAUGCACACUUCACAGGAACCAAGAACUUUCUUGUGCAGACAGCUUCCUUUAAAGGGAAACCCUGGACUCAGGUGGCAAGUGUGUGUGUGUGUGUGUGUGUGUGUGUGUGUGUGUGUAGGGGCGGGUGCUCCAGUCCAACUGAUUAUCUGUUGUUGGCAGCAGAUUUGUACAGGGGGUUGAAAUUGUGGCCGCUGAAUUCUUUUUGAACUUGCUGUUUUAAGCAUUUGUACAUACUAGAAGUCCAAGGGGCGGCAAGUUUAGCAGUCAGUCUCCCCACCCCGCGCCAUAUUGCCUGUAGCUUUCUUCCUCCUGCUAACACUAGCAAGGAAAGUACUUGUCACACUGACAGAGGAGCCCUAAGCCAGGGAUUGGGUUCUGUCACUUCACACCUCAUCCAUGACCUCACCUAUUUUGUCACCCCUCCCCACCCCCCCAAUAUUUAGUGUCUGGUGUCAGCAGGGGGAGCAUUCUUCAGUAACUCUUCACUCUGGGUUUUAAAGGACUUCUCUGGAUUGCCUAGGAUCCAGUUUUAGUGAACCCUCUUCCAAAGAGAUGCAGAUAAGCUGGGUGAUUUGUUUUGCUUUGCAAAAAAGAGAGGAUUUUAUUCAUAGUUCCCUUUACAGUUCCAUCACAGUAUUUUUUUAAAUAACUCAGGUGUUAUGAGAAGAAAUAGAAACUUAAAUAACUUAUGUAGACUGUAAAUGUUUUAUUUGUAAGAUUCUAUAAAUAAAGCUAUAUUCUGUAAGAACU